GGGGAGGCGCCCCCCGAGUACUCCGCAGCCUCCGCUCACUGCUUCCCUUUCGCCACCCAAUCUCACCGCCCCCCUCGCGCCUACUGCCCCGCACACUGGCCGCGACCCACCGUCACCCUGGCCAGCAGCUCCCCACACGCCCCCUGCCCCCCAGUUCUUCAUCCCCGCCGCAGCGCUUUGCUCCUCCCCCACCUCCUUACUCCAGGGCGGUGUUUUCCCCCCUCACGCUCACAUCCUCUGCCAGCACCAGCACAUACCGUCUCUGUACUUCUGGGAGAGUGACUCCUGCCACCCCGUGCGGGCUGCACUUUUAGGGGAGUGGGCCACUGCCUUGCCACGGUGGGAGGACACCUUUGUAACCCCGGGGGGAAUGAAACCCCCCUCCCCACCCCACACACAGACAGCCAUAUGCACCUCUGCACUUUUCCUGCCCUGUCAGCACCACAUGCACCUUUUUACUCUUUCCACUACAUCCUCUGUAUGUUAGGGGGAAGACUAGACUAUCCUUUUGUCCCAGCCUCUCAUUACCAUUAUGUACAUCCCUGUUCUCCCACAUCAGUCACACACAACUCUAUAUUGCUAGGGGGUGGGUGACCUGGUACUGUCCCCACUGGGGUCCUACGGGUUGCCUUUUCCCGCAACCACACGCUCUACUUGGGUAGUGUCUCAGAAAUGGUGUCUGUGCAGUCAUUUCUAAUUUAGCAAAAUCUGGACCUAAAUUCUAUGGUAAGGUCACUGUUUCUACAGCAAACUGGAAGCUCUGCGCCAGAGUCAAGUAAAUUUAAAGCCUAAUUAUUUUCAUGAUUUCAACACAUUAAUACUAUUCCUUGAACUACUUCUUUUUAUAUUCAAUCCAAUAUAUUUUAUGCUAUUCUUCAAAUUUUCAGAUGUCCGUAUGCUGCAGAUUUUUGUUUUGACACAUCUGUAUAGUAGGAGCUGUCGAAGAUUAACCGCAAAAUCGAGGGACUCUUGCAGCUUUUGGCACACAGGAAAACAGAACAGUUUGGGCUUUUGGCACUCAUAUAGUAGAGUGCUAGGGAAAGGAUGUAACUUUUCUUCCCCUUUUUAGACAAGGUUAAAGUUUACUUGAAAUUGUUGGGGGCGGGGUACUUGAACUUCUAGCUUCCAAACAGACAGCAGUCUUGACUUCAUUUGUCACUUGGUCCAACAGCUGUGGACCAAGCACACUUAUUGAAUUGUUCUGAUAUAGUGAUCAGCAGAGAAACAAGUGUUUACAAUUAAAUUUAUUAGCCCUGGUCUACACUACACAGUUAGGUAGACAUAAGGCAGCUUAUGUUGACCUAACUAUGUCCAUAUGCACACUACAGCUUUGCUCCCACUGAUGUAAGUGUACUACCACACUGAAUAUAACUCCCACUCCACGAAAGGCAUAGGGCUUGUGUCGGUGUAGUUAGGAUGACCUAUAGACACUGCAUUACCUAUAUCAGCCGUUGGCUGUCAGUGUCCACUCCGAACUGGGCUGCCACCCAAGCUCCUGGUUUGGGCUGCUUCCUGGGCUUCUGCCCUGUUCUUCUCCUCUCCCCUCCCCCUGCUCCCGGCAGGAAGCUUGGCUGCACCGAGGCUCCUGGCUCAGAGCCUGGCUGCCCUCACCUGGAAUCUUGGUUCCCUGUUGGGAGCAUAGCAGCCAACUGGACUUCAAGCUCAGGUCUCCCUGCCAGAGAUCAGAACCCCCAGGUGAAGCUAUAACACUUGCUGUAUGGAAUCUUGUUCUAUAGCAUGGGAGAAGAGGAAGGACUCCACCAAACACAGUUACUGGACACAAUGUUUGUGCGAGGAUUGAAGAGAAAAUGUUUUGAUGGUGAAGAAGAUAUUGAAGGAACUCUGGCUGGUUUUAAGGCUAUUCCUUCAUAUAAUCUUCAGCGACAGUCACUUUUAGAUAUGUCUUUGGUCAAACUUCAAUUAUGCCACAUGCUCGUUGAACCUAAUCUUUGUCGUUCGGUACUUAUAGCCAAUACGGUGCGGCAAAUCCAAGAGGAAAUGACCCAGGAUGGGACUUGGCAGAUGAUAAAUACUCAGAGUGCAGGACAGACUUCUCUAGAUCGUCUAGUUUCAACAGAUAUCCUUUGCCGUUCAUCCAAGGAACAAGCUGAAGGAAAACUUGUUCCAGUUUAUAGUACCUUCGCUAAAGACUGUGAGGGUACCCAGUCACAAGAUAAUUCGGAAAUUAUGUCAACAGUUACAUCACCACAAGUUCCAAGAAACCUGCAAAGUAACAUGUGGGAAAUGGAGAACCCACAAGAAAAUAGAGGAAACUUUCAAAAAUCAUUAGAUCAAAUAUUUGAGACGUUAGAGAAUAAAAGUCCUAAUACAGUUGAAGAUCUGUUUUCAGAAGUUGACAAUUCUUACUAUGACCUAGAUACAGUAUUAACAGGAAUGAUGAGCAACACAAAAAUGGGACACUGUGAUCUCGAAACAUUUCCUUCUCAGACAUCUGCAAAUUCUAACUCUAACUGUAAAUCUGAUCUUAAUGAGCUUGAUCAUAUUGUGGAGAUCCUUGUUGAAUCUUGAAACUGUUAAAUGUGCAGAAGACAAAGAUCCUUCAAGGAAACAGAGGACUUGUGGAAACAAUUUUUAAGAUAGUUUAUUCUAUCAAAACUGCACAUGUAUUUUAUAAAAAAAUAUAAAGCACUUCAUAUUGCAAAACGUUAAUUUGUGAAGUUAACAUGCAAUUUGUAGUGUCACUCAGUUUUGUCCAUUUAACUGUAAAUACAUACUGUAAAUGGUGUUAAGUUAGGGUUCAAGGCUUUCAGAAUUGGGCUUUUUUGCAAACUUUUCUAGCCUUUGAAGGGGGUGUAUGUUCAGUGAGAGGGUUUUUGUUUUUUUUUUUUCCCCCCCCCCCCCCCCCCCCACUAAAAGAGGCAGCAGUUAUAGAGAGAGAUCCUGAUUCUGGAUCAACACUUCAUUCCUACCACCACUUAAUUCCUUCCCUAUCCACUUCCUCUGUUCUGCCUGCAGUUACCGCAGGGCUCUUGAGGAGCAAUAUGCAAUAGUUCCCAUUACCCUAGUUUUUGUCUGUUUUUGCUAAAAUUUUCUGUUUAAAUAUAGUUUUAAAGUGUUUAUCAAUGUUUAGAUUUUUUCCAGCUAUUUUCCUAAAGUAUAUUUUUUACUAUAAAUGUCCUGUCAGCUGCUAAUUUAGUAUCUUUUAAUCAUAAAUAUUUGCAGUUGAUGUAUUUUUGAAAGAUUUUCAAGAAGGGAUUUGUUUUUUACCAUGAGCUACCUUAUGUAGUUCAGUAAAGUGUGUAAAUGUAAAUAUACAUUUUAUACGUUACAUUAAAAUGUAAGCGCUGUUUUCAUGAUUCUGUUUUAUAGAGUAGUACUUUACUAAACUAAAUUGUACAAUUUAUGCUUUUUAUACAACUUGAGCAUCAUUAGAGGAAAAGCUCUGAUACAGCUAGAUGCAAUUACAGUUCAAGUCACACUUUUGUUAAUUUCAGACCUAAAUUAUAUAGGGUUUUAUUUAUGUGUAUUUAUAUGUAAAUGUCAUCAAGUGAAUUGUUUAUCAUUGAAGUCUACCAUCAAAUAGUUGUUUAUAUGAGAACUGUCUUGCGCUAAUUACUACAAAAAGUAUUACUAGAGGCCUUUAAAUCUCUAAUGAUUUAAAUCUUCCAAUGUCUUGUCUAAAUUAGUAUGUCCCACUCUUACCUAGACUUUCUUAUCAACCUAUUUUUGAUUAACAGAAGUUAAUAUAAUGUGGGUUAGUAUUUGCUUUCAUUAAGGACUUACACAUUCGUUUUAGAGUGUGUGUAAUUCAUCUUGUCCCUAAGGGCACUUUUGGGGAGAGGGGGGGUGGGCAUGGAUCAAAUGUGAUAUACAUUUUCGCUAUAAAAUGAGCAAUAUUUACCUUGGUAAACUGGUGCUGGAAAAAAAUCAAAGUACAUGAUAGGAAAGGGAGGGAAAAGAGAUGUUGCUGGAACCUUUUGGUAUUGACUGUAUGGGGAGAAGAGAUUGCAAAUAGUUCAGUUGUUUUCACUGGUGUAUCAAGGGACCGAGUACAACAUGGAAAAAUAAACAUUUUUUGCAUUUAGCAGACUUUUGUCUUCCCACAGGUGAUCUGACCUAUUUAAUGUCUGUCUCAUGAUUCUCAAAUCUCUAACUAGAGAUUUUAAGUACAUUCCAGUUCCUCACUUCCAUGAAACUUAUUUCUAAAUAUAAAUACUCCUGUUUCUAGUGUGUAGCUGAAUGCGUCUUUAACUUAGAAUUUUAAUCGUUUAAGUGCUUUUGAAAAUGGCUAGUUGAAAAGGCAGCAUUGUAUAGCUAAGUUUUCCCACUGCAGUAGAUGGAUGCAUAUUUUUAACUCAAGUUUGUCAGAUCAUACCAUUUGUAUGUGAGCUUUCAGUGAACUUGAAAAUGUUUUUUUGUAUUAAACUUGGACAUGAGGUGAUCUU